AUGGAGGAGACUGUUCAGCGCUCAGCAAAGCAAACAGAGUGGGUGGAGCUAGUUUGCUCACAUCUUGCUCAAGAUCACCUUUCUGCUACCACGCUAGAAGAGGUGGAGGAUGACAAAGGCUAUGGGGAUGUUGAGGAGCAUACAGAAGUUAUCAUAGAGAACUCCCAUGAUAAUCAUGAUCAGGAAAGUCCUCUGGUUGCAGAUCACACAAUUCCUUAUUUCUGCUCUAACAUGCCGGGCCCCAGCGAGGAGAUGCAAGAUGAUCUCAUUGAAGAAAUUACAUGGCGACUUGCUCUCCAAUCUGUGCUAGAAGAAGAAGAGCAAGAAAGGGUGCAGAAAGAAGUUGUGGAGGAUGACGAAAGUGAAGCAGGAGGAGUUGUUGAUCAAUUCCCAGGGGUGAUACCACAUGAAGAAGAAAGGGGGGUUGAAGAAGCAAUUGGCGUCCAGGCUGAGAAUGGAGUUAAGGUGGAAGAAGCCUGCACCGGCCAUGAGUUGCAAGUGAUAUCCCCACCAAACUUUGAGGAACUGCUUAGCAAUGACCCAUUUGCAGUGUCUCUUUGCCAGACCAAGGCCACAUCAACAUCGGUCCCUCUUGGUGGACGCGAUGGUGGCCAAUCGAUGCUGUCAUAUCUGGUUUGGGGCAAUGAGACGAGAGAAGAGAAGAAGAGGUCUCGAGGGUGGAGACUUCAUCUGCAUCAAGUACAUGAGCCUUCAUCACCUGCCACACCACAUGCUCGUGACUUGAGACUCCACCUCAUCGACGAGAACCUCAACUUCAAGGAGGUUCUAGCAUGGACCGAAACUUAG